CAGCCUAUCGAUCAUCGAUCUCCCCUCCGAUUCCUCCAACGACACCAACUCAUAUCCAUCGCGAGGGAUCCUUACUCGACUCGAGACCCCCGCACCGACCUCCGUCACCGCGCCACACCGGUACCGCGUACAGUGUGUCCUCAUCACAUCCGCCGGGAGCCGUGCUCAUUGCAUUGAUUGCAUUGGGUGCCUUGAUCAUUCGCAUUGUCUGCCUGUCUUGGGACGCGCCGGCGAAUUAUUCUUUGUGUGUCUUGAGCACGAGCGCUUCCGCGAACGUUGGGAACCGCAGAUAUUCCCCUCCGCAUUCUCGAAUCCCAACCUGUCGUAUCCCGACCAACGCUUCGACCACCUGCCUCUCUCCCACCUACAUCCAGGCACACCUGCCCGGGCUAAGGCUUGGAUCCAUUCACAAUUCUUUCUUGGUUUGUCAACCACCACCCGACGAUCGAUCGAGUGAGUGCCUGCAAGUGCUGGCGAGUGUGCGUCCGGUCAUCGACCUUUCUGCACCUCAACCACAUCACCAUCACCACCUGGCGUGCCGGCUUUGACUAGCUGUGUGCACCCAUCGAUUCGACCUUUCUUCGGACUCGACUUCAUCACCUGCCAUUCUUCGACUCCGCCGACCUCGUGUCGUAUCUCCUCCUCCUCCGCCUUCUUCACCGCGGCGUCGCGCAUUGCACAUUUCUUCUUGUUACCUCCCCACAUACACCUUUAAUGCGCUGCCUGGUUUGAAUCUCAAUCCUAGCAUCACUCCGUCUUCGAUCCGACAUGCCGUACACCCCGCCGUCGCAGCAAUCACCUGCGUCGACCCACUCCAACAGUCCCGUCAUCAGCCGCAGCUCCUCAUACCACCAGGACGAUGUACCUCGAUCACCUGUGAGCCUCCGGCCUCAGCCACCGCGCUCCAUGUCCUCAGCAUCGUAUCUUCACAGGCAUCGUCGUUCACCUUCGAUUCCCAAAGCAGACGGUGCUCCUCCGACGCCUACCGAAGGCAGCGAUCCCUCCGUCUCCGCCACAGACUUCGCACGCAGCAGCAGUAUCCGCCAGUCCCCUCCGCCCGUUAACAACCUCCGAAUACCAAGCGGUGCGGUAAUCUCACCGCCUGACUCGUCGGAGAACUCGGAUGGUGACGAGAACAAUCCCUCGGAGCGCGGCCGCGAAUUGCAGAAGAAUUGGGAUCAAUUACAACAAGCUGUUCGAUCGCUACCACAACAAAGAGAUGGGUCGCCUGAAAAAGAAGGAGUUCAUUACCCGACAUCAGCAUCAGAACCUGUCUCGCAGACAACAUCUCCCACGGCUCUGACCGCUCAGGCACGUAAGAUCUCCCACUCGCGAUCAUCAACCGAGACAAAGAUCAUGCUCAAGCCUACAUUCGCCGAGUCACCCGCAAAUACGACCGAUGAUAGCGAUACGGACGAGGGAAAUCCUUUCAAGCCCAGUCUGGUCCGCAAGAAGUCGGGAGAGUUGGUCAAGCCGGCAUUGAGACCGUCGUCCAGGCGGCGUUAUUCGAGCAUGCCUGGCACACCGACGUACUCCAAAUCCGUGCACUUCAACGACAGCGACAACCAAACGAGACACUUUCUCCAGGUCGACAAGCCCAUCGCUGUCAGCGCUGGCACAUCACCUGUGGAGUCAUAUGACAGCGAAACGGAAUUCCCGUUCAAUAACGAGGAGCAAGGCAAGCCAGAACUUCAAAUCAAGGUUGCCAACUUCCCAGAAGAAUCCUUCAGUCGAAAGACAAGGCCUGUCCGGGUGGAGCGCAUCUUCUUGUCGUCCGACAAGUCCACACUCGUUGGCGUGUGUGCUGUACAAAAUAUCUCUUUCCAGAAGCUGGUCGUGGCUCGAUUCACACUUGAUUACUGGAAGACAACAUCCGAGGUCGUUGCCGAAUUCAACAACGACGUUCGCAGCCCGCCCAGCGAUGGCUGCGACCGCUUCACUUUCCACAUCAAGCUGUCUGAUCAGGCCAACCUCGACAACAAGACACUUCUCCUCUGCGUGCGAUACAACGUUGGUGGUCAAGAGUUUUGGGACAACAAUGACAACACCAACUUUCAAAUUGACUUUACCAAGGGAAUCGAGCGAAAGCCUGCGAAUAUGAGCAGACUGCCGAACAGUCCGUUGGGCGCGCGACCUUUGAGUGCCAUCCCUCGCAGCCGCCAUACGCCACCGACCUCGCGGUCCAGGCAGGAGUCCGCUGAUGACGACUUUGCUUCGAGAUUCGACUCAAGCUCAUCCUACAACUUUGGCUCGCGGAAUAAGAUUGUGGACGAGUCGGGUGCCACGAUCAAGCUCAAGCCUCGCACGAAGCGGCCCUCGAUGAUGUCCGCAAACCCACCGCCUCAACCCAAUAAUGGCCUGGGCAGUCGUUACGACUUUGGCACAUCCCUGUCGGCAGCCUUGACCACGGCGCAAGAUAAUCUCGGCCGUCGCAGUGGACUCAUGAAUGGCGCAGCUGCUGUCAACACGGCGACCAAAAGUCAAGCCAAUGCAGGCUAUUUCGGACUUGUUGAUCGCACUGGUCCGGUCAAGGUGGAUGCAAAGACCGAGCGACCAGAUGCCAUUACCACGGACCGGCCUGCCAUGGGAUCUGACCAAUACCGGGAUCUGGUCCAGAAGUUCUGCUACUUUACAUCUGGGUCCGGGUCAGGGUCUGGUAAAGGAACCGACUCGCCGCAGCCAAAUGGCCAUCCUUCUGCAACUCCAACACAUCCCAAAACUCCGAGCGUUGAUGGCACGGACGAGACUGCGUCGACCUCGUCGUCCAGCUCAUCGUCUGGAACAUCGUCGCCGAUCCAUGAACUUCAAGCUUCCAACGAUCGUGUAGCUUAUUCCCCAAAUCGGAGUCCUUUCAUUUCUCGGUCCAGCUCUCCCGGCCCCGCCACAGUACGGGAUCUGAGCCUCCGUUCGGCAUCCCCUGUGAGCUUUGGGUAUCCAUACCACAGCCACCGCGAUGGAUAUCUCUCCGACACACCGACGCCCACGGCCAUUCGAGGAUAAACGGACCUCGAAACAGAAACAAAAUUACGAUCGAUACUACCUCUGUCUAUGACUUUCUGCAUAUUCUGUUCGACGAAUACGUUCGACCAACGGCAUUACGCAGUUACUCUUGACGCAGCUUACGAUCACGACUUUACGAUAUACGACUACUGGAGAACAGCCUCUUUGACGCUCGCCUAUCAUUGCGCUCUAUCGCUAUC